UUGGCAUCAGGGAAGAGAAACGGGUUAAAGCGGCACAAGAAAAACCAUUGGGGGUUCAUAUUUCAUGGAUUACGGUACCAGGCAGGAGCUCGUUUUGGGCCUUCCCUGAACACAGGCAGCAUCCCAUGGUUCAUUCAAGCAAAUUCAGACAGUGCUAGACAACAGACGCACUUGUUAGUCUGGUUAUCAGUGGAUCGGCUGCCCAAACCAAAACGAGCAAGCUUUUUUCUGAAAGGCUGAUCUAGUGAGGUAGUCAUGGGGGAUGUUGGUGAGAUUUUGAUGUCAGUUUUGUCCACAAUUCGGGUUCCAAAACCCGGGGACCGAGUCCACAAAGACGAAUGCGCCCUGUCAUUUGCUUCGCCGGAGAGUGAGGGAGGCCUGUAUGUGUGCAUGAACAGUUUCCUGGGCUUUGGGAGUCAGUAUGUGGAGAGGCACCAUGCCCGCACGGGUCAGAGGGCUUACCUCCACAUCACUCGGACUCGUAAGGCAAAGAAGGAAGAUGACAAUAAUUCUGGUUCUGGGCAUCCGCCUAAGAAAAAGCCCACCAGGUUGGCUAUAGGGAUUGAAGGGGGAUUCGAUGUGGAGCUGGAGCAGUACGAGGAGGAUGUUAAAGUGGUCCUUUUACCCGAGAGACAGGAAGUGACUUCAGAGGACCUUGCUACAAUGCCUGAUGUUGUCAGAGAACGGGUGUCUCUGUCAAUGGCGGGUAUCAUGGCGGCUGACUCGGUUUCCCACGCUCUACAAGUUCAGCAAUGGGACGGUGAAGUGAGGCAGGAGUCGAAGCACGCCGCUGACCUGAAACAACUCGAUAAUGGACUCAAAAUCCCUCCUACUGGCUGGCGGUGUGAGGUCUGUGACCUGCAGGAGAACAUUUGGAUGAAUCUGACUGACGGCAAGGUGUUAUGUGGACGUAGGUAUUUUGACGGGUCGGGGGGCAACAACCACGCCCUCCUCCACUUCCAGGAGACUGGAUAUCCACUCGCUGUAAAACUUGGUACCAUCACACCCGAUGGCGCUGAUGUUUAUUCUUACGAUGAGGAUGACAUGGUGCUGGAUUCAAAGCUCGCAGAGCAUCUAGCUCACUUUGGCAUCGACAUGAUGACAAUGGAGAAGACUGAGCGCACAAUGACAGAGUUGGAGAUUGCCGUGAACCAGCGUGUUGGGGAGUGGGAGGUGAUCCAGGAGUCGGGGACCACCCUGCGGCCCCUCUUUGGCCCCGGUUUGACGGGUAUGAAGAACCUGGGAAACAGCUGCUACCUCAAUUCUGUCAUGCAAGUGCUCUUCACCAUUCCGGACUUUCAGAACAAGUAUGUGGCAAACAUUGAUAAAAUAAUUGAUGAAGCCCCAAGUGAUCCAACCCAGGACUUCAAAACUCAAGUGGCCAAACUCGGUUACGGUCUUUUAUCUGGAGACUAUUCCAAACCAGCACCCGACCCUGGAGAUGAAAAUGGUGCAUCUGAACCCAGGGGAGAUCAAAUUGGAAUAGCGCCACGGAUGUUCAAAGCUCUUGUUGGGCGGGGCCACCCAGAGUUCUCAACUAAUAGACAACAGGAUGCUCAGGAGUUUCUAUUGCACUUCAUAAACAUGGUGGAGAGAAACUGUCGCUCCGGGUCCAACCCAUCUGAAGCCUUCCGGUUCCUCGUGGAGGAUAGGAUUGUGUGCCAGCAGUCACAAAAAGCCAAAUACACACAGCGAGUGGAGUACAUUGUGCAGCUCCCUGUACCCAUGGAUCAGGCUACCAACACAGAAGAGCUUCAGGAAGCGGAGCGGCGCCGUGAGGAGGGGGACUCCUCAGCCCCCACAGUGCGAGCACAAAUCCCCUUCACCGCCUGCAUGGCAGCUCUCAGUGAGCCGGAGAUCCUCACAGACUUUUGGAGCUCAGCUGUUCAAGCCAAGACUGCUGCUACCAAAAUGACCCGGUUUGCAUCUUUUCCUGACCAUCUGGUUAUCCAGAUCAAGAAGUUUACUUUUGGCCUCGACUGGGUGCCCAAGAAACUGGAUGUGAGCAUCGACGUUCCCGACACUCUGGAUCUGAGCGCGCUCAGAGCCACCGGCCAACAACCAGGGGAGGAGCUUCUGCCAGAGGUGGCCCCACCCCCACUCAUGACUCCAGAUGUGGAGGUUAAAGGUAUCCUGGGUUCCCAUGGCAACGACGAGGACGACUCACUCUACUCCCCACUGCUGUCUCCAGUCCUGGAUGACUCCACUGUGUCCCAGCUAUGUGAGAUGGGAUUCCCAUUGGAGGCCUGCAGGAAAGCAGUGUAUUACACAGGAAACACUGGAAUUGACUCUGCCAUGAACUGGAUCAUGGGUCAUAUGGAUGAUCCAGACUUCUCAGCUCCCCUGGUGUUGCCCGGCGGCAGCUCUGGGCCGGGAACCACGCCUACAGAGAGUCUGUCCGAGGAGCAUCUGGCAACCAUCGUCUCCAUGGGCUUCAGCCGAGAUCAAGCUACGAAAGCCCUCAGAGCAACGAGUAAUGUCCUGGACCGAGCUGUGGACUGGAUCUUCUCUCACCUGGAUGACCUGGAGUCCAUGGAUGUGUCUGAAGGAGGUCGCUCAGCUGCAGAGAGCGAGGGCGGCAGAGAUCCUCCCCCUGGUCCACGUGUCAGAGACGGACCAGGAAAGUACGAACUGUUCGCAUUCAUUAGCCACAUGGGAACCAGCACCAUGUGCGGCCACUAUGUGUGCCAUAUCAAGAAGGACCAACAAUGGGUGAUCUUCAACGAUCAGAAGGUUUGUGCUUCAGAGAAACCCCCCAAAGAUCUGGGAUACCUUUACUUCUAUCGUAGAGUGACAGAAUGAGACGCAGUUUGUUUGUUUU